CAUAAACAAAUAAAUAAAAAACUAAAAUUUCUUUUUUCUAAUAAUUUAGAAAAUAUUUAAGUAAACUGUAAUACAAAUAAAACAUAUAAAAAUGAAAUCAUCAAUAUCCAAUACCAGUAUAUCAUCAAUUAGCUCACCAUAUCCAAAAGCUUCACCAUUGUUUAAUCUUUCAAAUAAAUAUAAUAAUUUAAGUUUUAAUCAAGUACAUGAAAAUGAUGAAGCUAGAAUUGUUAUUUUAAAUGAACCAUCAUUACCACAAUGGAUGGGUUCAAUUCAUCCAAAUGGUUCAUUAUACGAAGAACCAUUAGAUUUAUCAAAAGCACAAGAAGAACACAGAAAAUUUAGAGAGUUAUUAGAAAAGGAAGGAUGCACAGUUUAUACAGUCAGAGAGAUUUUAGAAGGUUCAUAUGAUAAAGCAAAGUCAGAAGAUAUUCAACAUAGAGUUAAAUUGGAAGAUUUUGCAUUCAACUCAAUUCAUUAUGAAUUGGAUACAAAUCAAGAUGCUGAAGAGAUUUCAGAAGAAGAUAAAUACUUAAUUUCAGAUCAAUAUAAAAAGAAAUGUAUUGAAUCAAUGAGCAAUCAACAAUUGGUCGAAGUUAUUCUUACUCGUCCAACCAUUAAAUUACGUAAGAGCGAACGUGAUACCGAAUUAUUAUCCACCGAGUACAGUUUCAAACCAUUGGUCAAUUUAAUUUUCCAAAGAGAUCAACAAAUUACUACCGCCAAAGGUAUUGUAUUAGCAAGUCUCAGUUCACCAAUUCGUGCACCUGAGGUACAAGUUAUGAAAUUAUGUUUCCAAAUCUUAGGUUUACCAAUCAUUGGUGAAAUUCCAGAACCAGGCAAAUUAGAAGGUGGUGAUUUCUAUCCAGUAGGUCGUGACCUCUCAUUGAUUGGUGUAGGUUUAAGAAGUAACUUCUAUUCAGUAGAGUAUAUGAUGAAUAACGAUCUCUUUGGUACUGAUAGAGUUGCUGUUGUCAAGGAUUAUUUCGAUCAAAAUCAACAACGUAUGCAUCUUGAUACAGUCUGUAAUAUUAUUGAUGAACGUGUAAUGUUAAUUUUAGAGACUAUUUGUGGCCAAGAUUCACCAAUUAGAAGAUUAGUAGACGAAUACACUAAAGACGCCCACGGUGUAUAUCAACUCACCAGAAAUGAUAUCGAAUAUUCACAAUACUUGAAAGAGGAAGGUUUCGAAUUAAUUUAUGCUACCGAACAAAAUCAAAAGGAUUAUGGUUGCAAUGGUUUAAAUAUUGGUAAUGGAAAGUUCAUUGUCGUCGAUAAAGCUACCGCUAAAACUAUUGCUCGUUCAACUAAAACUAGCAGUCAAUUAUUAUUUGUAGAUUUCCGUACUGUAACUAAAAUGUAUGGUUCCGUUCAUUGUUGCAGUCAAGUCGUCUCAAGGCAAGAUCGUGAUAACUCACCAAUGAAAAACUCAAAUCCAAGACUCCGCUCAAAUGUUGCCAAUGUUAAUAGUGAAUGCGAUAAUGUUUUAAUGGUUGCUCCAACUGAUUUCGUUAAGGAUCGUGUUGGUAUGAAUGCUAGCAAAAUUCGUGAACAAAGACAAUUGGUUUUACAAGAUUACUCUAAACUCCACAAAUUACUCAGUGAUACAGGUGUCCAAAUCCACUUAUUCUCUCACGAACCAUGGCACAAAACUGACAAGGCUGUAUUUGUAGCUGAUUGGUUCUCAACUCACAGCAAAAAAGAAAUGGAAGAUAAAUCAAAAGAAGACGUUCUUGUCAUUUAUCCAUUAUCAAAUCCAUCAAGAAGAAGAGAAAGAAGAGAGGAUAUAAUGAGAUUCUGCUUCCAAGAAAAAUACAACACAGUUUAUGAUUUCACUCCAUGUGAAAAGGGUGAAUUAAAAUGUAAUAUCAUUUCAAUGCAAGAUUUUAUAAAUGGCCCAUCAUGCUUAAAAGCUGAAACAGAUUCAUCAAGUUCAUUCAACUGCAGCACUUCAGCCUCCUCAAAUGCAGGUACUAUCAAUCCAGAAGGUUAUUUCAUUGAUUUUAGCGAAAUUGUUUUAGAUAGACAACACAAAUUAGCUUAUUGCUCAAUUAAAAAUGAUAGACAAUCAAAACUCAUCGAUUAUUGGGCCGAAAUCAUGGGCUAUAAAGUUAUUAAAUUUAACUCUGUUAAUAAUAUUCCAGCCAAUUCAUUCUUAUUUAUUGGUAAUAGUUUUUCAAUCUUUUGCCCAGAAGCUUUACAAAAUCCAGAUGACCAAAAACAUAUUAUUAAAUCACUCGAAACUACCAGUGACAAAACUGUUGUUCUCAUUACAAAAGAUCAAAUGUCUUUAUCUUGCGCUAAAAUCAUUGAAAUCAAAGGAAAUCAAUCAAAACCAAUUUUAUUAAUGUCUGAUAAAACUUAUAAUAGCUUUACUCAAGAUCAACUUUCAAAAUUCAGACAAUCAGUUCAUGAUGUUUUACAUGCAGAUAUUUCAAAUUUAGAAGGUAUGGGCGGUGAUGGUAUGAUUGGUAUGUUGGGUAAAUUAAAUUAAAUUAAACACCCUCUUUUUUUAAUUUAAAUAUUUUUUUUUACUAAUUUGUAAAAAAAAAUUAAAAACCAAAAAUCAAAAAAAUCAUAACACUAUUUUAAUAAUAAAAUUAUAAAUUACAAUAAUAAUAAAAAUAAACUGCUAUAUUUGUAUAUUGUUUUAAUAUUUU